UCCAGCGCGCCAAAUCCAAAUCCUCUCAAAUCAAUUCUUGAAAAGCGAAGAGAGAGAGAGAGAGAGAGAGAGAAACGCGCGACUCUCUUUUUCUAUCUCUCUAGGGUUCCGGCAGUGGAGGAGGCGAGGCAUGGAGGGAGCUCCCGGCGGCGGCGGCGGAAGCCAGCAGAGCUCUCAAUCAGAAGUGGAGGUGAGCGAGCAUGAGAGGGGCCUGCCGAUUGCGAACGUCGCUCGGAUCAUGAAGAAGGCCCUGCCUCCCAACGCAAAGAUCACCAAAGAGGCCAAAGAGUUUGCCGAGGAAUGCGCAACCGAGUUCAUCAGCUUCAUCACCAGCGAAGCAAGUGAAAGGGGCCAAAUAGAGAAAAGGAAGACACUAACUGGAGAUGAUGUGUUAAAUUCUCUGAACACCUUAGGGUUUGGGGAUUUCGUUGAGCCACUCAGAGCGCAUUUGAUGAAAUACAAAGAGAAUGAUUUUAAGGAAGAAAACAAGGGAUCCAAUAGCAUAUGAUAGGCAUCUUUGGAAACCAUGUGAUUAAGGAUGCCCUCACCUUAGCUUGUUCAUCAUCUGAUUGGCAAAUGUCAAAAUUUUGGUCUUAGCUUGGAAUUGCAUCUGGGUCUUGCUAGCUGCUGAGCUU